AUGAACCACUUCCUGUUUAUCGUCUAUGUUGCUGCAAAAUUUCGAAUUUCUGGGUCUGUUGUUUUUACUUCUGAGUCGGGUUUUAGAAGUAGCCGAUCCGGAUUUUUGCCGAGAAAUCUGUUCCGGCGAGCUCCAUUAAUUGUACUGGGAUUAUCUGUUCCGGCGAGCUCCAACUAUUACAUAGGCAUAUGGUACAAAAAAGUGAAUGAACAAACUCCUGUUUGGGUUGCAAACGGGGAAACACCAGUUUCUGAUAAAAAUUCUGCAGAGAUAAAAAUCUUAGAUGGUAAUUUGGUACUGGUUAAUGGGUCUAAUACUUCAAUUUGGUCCACAAAUAUCAGUUCCAACAAGUCCAAUUCUGUUGUAGCAGUUCCCUGGGAUGAUGGUAAUUUAAUCUUGAGAGAUAGGUCGAAUUCAACACCACCACUUUGGCAAAGUUUUGAUAACCCUGGCAAUACUUGGUUGCCUGGUUCUAAACUUUCUUACAAUAAAAUCACCCAAAGAAAGCAGCUUCUUACUUGA